CGGAGGGCUGAAGUCCUCAAGUCCUCCUCGCAUCUCGCAUCACUCCGCUACUGUAACGUGUUGCUGGUUGCUGGACUGGUGCCCCAACACACUAGCUAGCUAGCUCUGGCACUCAUCACCUUCCUCUUUGGAAACUGAGACGCCCUCUUUCCAGACGACCUUCAUUCAUUAGGCGCUACCAUUGGAGCUUGCGGGAUACAGUACAAGGUUGACAAAAGGGUCUGAUCCGGCAGUAGCUGUUACAUGCAUACCUAGCUAGACAACAACAUACAGUGGAACCAGUUGAUUGUGUCGCUUCUCUUUUGCGUGACAAAACCGAAAGCACUUGGGGUUUGUCAUAUUUUGACAGAGUCCCAGACCAUUUUGCUGCUCUACAGUCUCCACUCUACUCCUCUACUAGCAAGCAGCCAUUUAUUUGUGUUAUUGCCGAGAGGAACCAACAAUCGAAUCGAAAUCGAAUCGUUGUAGUAUCAACCAGAAUGAACCGUCACAGCCUAAGUUUCUACGGACCAACAGCAGCGGCACCCCAUCAGCUCCAAGGCCGAAAAUCCGCAACACCACGAGGACGGCUGAGUCCUCCCAAUCCGAGGUCGCUGCUGCGAGGAGCAGCCGACCCCAGCUUUGAAGAAAAGCAAGACGAUAUCGUGUUGCCCGUGAUGAAAGUGUUUGCCUCUAACAAGCUUCCCACAAGGAGCAUCUCCUUGGGAGAAGUGCCGCUCAACCUUGGCGGUGAUGCUGUUGAUGAUGAUGCUAGUAGUGUCUGCAAACAACAACAACGAAACGGAACGCACCAGCGCAACAAUCCCAAUCCACAAUUGACGUUGUCAGAUGACGACGACGAGGAACCGUGCAGCAAGAAGGACCCUGCCUCUUUGCGAAACGCCAGCUUGCGAACUGCCAGUACCAAGGACACAACAACCUUGUUUGGUAGUAUCCGGAGUUCCACCAGCAGUUUCACUAAUCGCUUUUCCAGUUUACGCAAUUCCAACAGCAGCACCACUCCUCCGCGCCUUGCGAGUGGUAGCGUACGAAGCUCCAGCAACAGUCCACCACCGACGAAACCACAACAACAACCCGAACGACGAUCCUCCUCUUCCUCUGCUCCGGUCACCAAGAAUGAAAUUCGAAGACGGCGGUCUUCGCGCAAAUCUGUCAAUGGGCUGGUCAUUGAAUUUGAUCUAGACGAUGAAUCCGAUUGCAUCCUCUAUGCCGAUUGCGACGACUACGAAGAGGACUUGCGGCCGGAUUUGACGCGUCAAGACUCCAACGAGUCGCUCGAAGAACUGCGGACCCGAUUGGAAGCCUUGGAACAUGAACGCCAGCAAUUGCCAGAUCACGAUAAAAUUGGGCUGGGAGAGGAAUGCAUGAACAAAAAAUUCAUGGAAGCGCUCGAGUCGUCCCACCACAGUCAGCAACAGGAUGCCAACAGCAGCACAAGCAGCACACCCAAGCUGAUGGCACAUCUUAGAAACAGUUUCGCCAGUCAAAGUGGAAUGUCGUUAUUGGACAUUCCAGAAUACGCCGACGAAGAAGAGGAUGAAGAAGACAGCGUGGAAGAAGCAGGAGAACCACUGAGCUUAAAGGUACAACGGAGGAGUACGAUUCGUUCUUCUAUUCAUGGACUUGUGUUGGAAUAUGAUUGGUUAACGUCUUCCGAAGACGAGCUCGAUGAGGAAGACGACGACGAGGCAGAAGACGACAAACAAUAGCAAGAACCCAUCUAGUUGCCACGGGUACCGUAGCUAGCUAGGGAGGGCACGAGGCUUCUGGGGGGUUUGAAUCAACCUUUUAAAAUAGUCUUUAUCUAUCUGUAUU